UAAUUACUUUUUCCAAAGGCUGGAGGGCUUCACUCCGGCUGGCGCCGCCGCCUCGCGAGCUCCUGCUCCGCCGCGACCUUCUGGGGGGCUGCUCCUCCCGGAUACCAUGUGUGACGGCGCCCUGCUGCCUCCUCUCGUCCUGCCCUUGCUGCUGCUGCUUUUUUGGGGACUGGACCCGGGCACAGCUGUCGGCGACGCGGCGGCCGACGUGGAGGUGGUACUGCCGCGGCGGGUGCGCCCCGACGACGUGCACCUGCCGCCGCUGCCCGGGGCCCCCGGGCCUCGAAAGCGCCGGCGCCCCCGCGCGCCCCCAGCCGCCCUGCGAGUCCGGCCCGGCGAGCGCGCCCUGCUGCUGCACCUGCCGGCCUUCGGGCGCGACCUGUACCUGCAGCUUCGCCACGACCUGCGUUUCCUGUCCCGGGGCUUCGAGGUGGAGGAGGCCGGCGCGGCGGGGCGCCGCGGACGCCCCGCCGAGCUGUGCUUCUACUCGGGCCGCGUGCUCGGCCACCCCGGUUCCCUCGUCUCGCUCAGCGCCUGCGGCGCCGGCGGCGGCCUGGUUGGCCUCAUCCAGCUUGGGCAGGAGCAGGUGCUAAUCCAGCCACUCAACAGCUCUCGGGGCCCACUCAGCGGACGAGAGCACCUGGUCAGGCGCAAAUGGUCCUUGACACCCAGCCCCUCCACCGAGGCCCCGAUACCUGGGCAGCUCUGCAAGGUUCUAACCGAAAAGAAGAAGCCAAGGAGGGGCAGGCCGUCCCAGGACUGGCGGGAGCGGAGGAACGCCAUCCAGCUCACCAGCGAGCACACGGUGGAGACCCUGGUGGUGGCCGAUGCCGACAUGGUGCAGUACCACGGGGCAGAGGCCGCCCAGAGGUUCAUCCUCACGGUCAUGAACAUGGUGUACAAUAUGUUUCAGCACCAGAGCCUUGGAAGUAAAGUGAACAUCCAAGUUACCAAGCUUGUCCUGCUACGACAACGGCCUGCCAAAUUGUCCAUCGGGCACCAUGGUGAGCGGUCCCUGGAGAGCUUCUGUCACUGGCAGAAUGAGGAAUAUGGAGGAGCCCGAUACCUCGGCAACAAUCAGGUUCCAGGAGGGAAGGACGAUACGCCCCCUGUGGAUGCUGCUGUGUUUGUGACCAGGACAGAUUUCUGCGUACACAAAGAUGAACCGUGUGACACCGUUGGAAUUGCUUACUUAGGAGGUGUGUGCAGUGCUAAGAGGAAAUGUGUCCUUGCCGAAGACAAUGGUCUCAAUUUGGCCUUUACCAUCGCUCAUGAGCUGGGCCACAACUUGGGAAUGAACCAUGAUGAUGACCACUCAUCCUGCGCUGGCAGAUCCCACAUCAUGUCAGGAGAGUGGGUAAAAGGCCGGAACCCCAGUGACCUCUCUUGGUCAUCCUGCAGCCGAGAUGACCUGGAAAACUUCCUCAAGUCGAAAGUCAGCACCUGUUUGCUGGUCACAGACCCCAGGAGCCAGCAUGCGGUGCGUCUCCCUCACAAGCUGCCAGGCAUGCACUACAGUGCCAACGAGCAAUGCCAGAUCCUGUUUGGCACCAAUGCCACCUUCUGCAGAAACAUGGAGCAGCAUCUGAUGUGCGCUGGACUGUGGUGCCUGGUGGAAGGAGAUACGUCCUGCAAGACCAAGCUGGACCCUCCCCUGGACGGCACUGAGUGUGGGGCAGACAAGUGGUGCCGCGCAGGGGAGUGCGUGAGCAAGACACCCAUCCCGGAGCACGUGGACGGAGACUGGAGCCCCUGGGGCGCAUGGAGCAUGUGCAGCCGGACGUGUGGGACGGGAGCCCGCUUCCGGCAGAGGAAAUGUGACAACCCCCCCCCUGGGCCUGGAGGCACGCACUGCCUGGGCGCCAGUGUGGAGCACGCCGUCUGCGAGAACCUUCCCUGCCCCAAGGGCCUGCCCAGCUUCCGGGACCAGCAGUGCCAGACGCAUGACCGGCUCAGCAGCAAGAAGAAGGGCCUGCUGACAGCAGUAGUGGUUGAUGAUAAACCAUGUGAACUCUACUGCUCACCCCUUGGGAAGGAGUCCCCGCUGCUGGUGGCCGACAGAGUCCUGGAUGGCACACCUUGUGGGCCCUAUGAGACCGACCUCUGUGUGCACGGCAAGUGCCAGAAAAUCGGCUGUGAUGGCAUCAUCGGGUCCGCGGCCAAGGAAGACCGGUGUGGGGUCUGCAGUGGUGACGGCAAGACCUGCCGCGUAGUGAAGGGCGACUUCAGCCACUCUCGGGGCACAGUCAAGAAUAAUCCUUGUACGAAGGUGUCCACGUGUGUGAUGGCAAAGGCUGUUCCCAAGUGUUUCUCAUGUUAUAUUGAAGCUGCUGUCAUUCCAGCUGGAGCUCGGAGGAUCCGCGUGGUGGAAGAUAAACCUGCCCACAGUUUUCUGGCCCUGAAAGACACCAGUAAGAGAUCCAUCAACAGCGACUGGAAGAUCGAGCUCCCCGGGGAGUACCAGAUCGCCGGCACCACUGUGCGCUACGUUAGAAGGGGCCUGUGGGAGAAAAUUUCUGCCAAGGGACCAACCAAAAUACCACUGCAUCUGAUGGUGUUGUUAUUUCAUGACCAAAAUUAUGGAAUCCAUUACGAGUACACCGUUCCUGUAAACUACACUGCCGAAAAUCAAAGCGAGCCGGAAAAACCCCAGGACUCUUUGUUCAUCUGGACCCACAGCGGCUGGGAAGGGUGCAGCGUGCAGUGCGGAGGAGGGGAACGCAGAACCAUUGUGUCCUGCACACGGAUUGUUAACAAGACCACAACUCUGGUGAAUGACAGUGACUGUCCUCAAGCAAGCCGUCCAGAGCCCCAGGUCCGAAGGUGCAACUCACACCCGUGCCAAUCACGGUGGGUGGCAGGCCCAUGGAGCCCCUGCUCAGCGACCUGUGAGAAGGGCAUCCAGCAUCGGGAGGUGACCUGCGUGUACCAGCUGCAGAACGGCACACAUGUCACCACGCGGCCCCUCUAUUGCCCGGGCCCCCGGCCAGCACCAGUGCAGAGCUGUGAAGGCCAGGACUGCCUGUCCAUCUGGGAGGCAUCUGAGUGGUCACAGUGCUCUGCCACCUGUGGUAAAGGGACCCAAAAGCGAACUGUGACGUGCACCAACUCGCAAGGAAAAUGCGACGCGUCCAUGAGGCCAAAAGCAGAGGAGGCGUGCGAGGACUACUCAGGCUGCUACGAGUGGAAAACCGGGGACUGGUCCAAGUGCUCCUCAACCUGUGGGAAGGGCCUCCAGUCCCGCGUAGUACAGUGCAUGCACAAGGUCACCGGCCGCCAUGGCAACGAGUGCCCCGCCCUCUCGAAGCCAGCAGCCUACAGACAGUGCCACCAGGAGGUCUGCAAUGACAAGAUCAACGUGAACACCAUCACCUCCCCUCGCCUCGCCGCUCUGACCUACAAAUGUACGCGGGACCAGUGGACAGUGUACUGCCGGGUCAUCCGAGAAAAGAACCUCUGUCAGGACAUGCGGUGGUACCAGCGCUGCUGCCAGACGUGCAGGGACUUCUAUGCGAACAAGAUGCGCCAGCCGCUGCCACCGCCACCAAGCUCAUGACACGUGGCCCAAGGGACCCUCGACGCGCCAGCGCGAGGCCUGAAUCCUGAUGACAUGGCUAGUUGAAAGCCUCCCCACCCAAGAGUGCACCAGUCCUGCGGCCAGGACCCCCCCUCCCCCAGAGCACAGCGCCGCUCCCCCCACCAGGCUGUCCCGAGAAUCCAAUUGCAUAGAACUUCAGCGUGGACUUGACGUUUGCUGUUAGUGCUUUUGUACUUAAUAUAUUGUUAAUGGCCACUGGAUGGCUUUCUCCAGUAAGGAAAAAAAUAGGCAUGAGUCACAAAAUUAUUGUAAUUUUUAAGGUUCUGUGUACCUCAAAGGGAACACCUCUGACAGACAAUUGUCAAAAGAAAGAGACGUCACUGAGCGCUUCUGUCCAGCUUUCUUUUGACGUUUGAAUUCCCGGUGCUUGAUGUGCCGGGGGCAGGGGGACUAUCCCCCCAGUGAGACAUUCCACGUUCAAACAGGCUUUAUUCUGAAAGCCGGCGACACCCCGGAAGGAAGGACAGAUGUCAGUGAGCCUCUGCCAAUGGCUCCCCCCGAGAGGGCCAGGGUCAGCACUUAGCCUCUCAGCUCAUCUCUGAAAACGUGUUCUCUAUCCUAGGCCUUCUCUUGGAAGUCUUGUCCCUGACAGUCUGAAUCUGUAUCAGCCAAAGACACCAGGGCCGCAUAGUUUUGCGUAAAAACCUGUGUUGGGGAGAAUAUUCUGGAAGUGUUUGGGUUUGGGCAGGCAUCUAAUUUGUAUACUCUACUGUCUACCACAUAGGGAAACAGAAAAGUCUUCGAGGUGCUAUGAAAUGGGACAUCUGUUCGUGUGGGUGAUGGGACUGUUCCCUGGCAUAAAGGUGAGCUCAGGACAGCUUUGUCAGGGGUGUGUGGCCCCUCCACAUUCUGGGGGCCUCCACUCUUGUCAGUACUUCAUAAAGCUUUGCACCUUAGACGUGGCUUCCCAUUGACCUUGGCCAUCUAUCUGAAGUUGAUUCUUUUUAGAAGCUCUGCCUCCUUCGCCCUGGCAUGGGACUGGUUUCCUCCAGAAGCCCCUCGGCCUGGGGGGCCCGGAUCACUGCACAAGCACCGAGCCUUCCCACAGCCCAGACCUUGGGGGACCCAUUAUUGUCAUGCUGUCGGUAUUGACUCAUCCUCUUAGUAAGAUAAGGAUGACCCUCAGAAAAGCACGAAGAAGGUCUUUCCCUCCCGCAACCUAUCAAAACAGAGCUGUGCCCUGUCUAGAAGUCUGAGGAAAUGACAAGAACACAGAAGAUGGUAGGACCCUGCCUGCUUUGGGAGCUGGGAGAGAAAGACCCUAGAUGCCAGGAGACCUGUUUUGCUCACCAGCUUGGUGGGUGUUUGAUGGGUGCUUAUGUUCAAGGACUUUACCAUGACAAACCCACCUUCUCCCUUAUUGCAGAUGGGGGAAUCUCACUUAUGCCAAUGUCCCAGGGAUCAUCUCCAAGUUCUUCCUGAUUUAUUGGUGCUGUGUUUAUGUAUCUGCUUUGGUUUUUGAUGAUGUCACAACUUUAGGGUCCAUUAGCUUAAAUCAGAAAGAAAACAAAAAGAAAAUCUCCUGCCUUCUCAACCCCGUCUUACAGGCUGUUUCAAUUUAUGAUUUCUAAUAUUCCAGAGAUAGAGACGUGGUAGGGAUGACAAGAGAUUUGUGCGGUUCCUCUUGAAUCAACGAGAAGUAUUUGAGAAGCUUGCGUGGGUGCUCUGAUUGAGAGAGUGCCAGGAUAGCACAAUCCACCCUGCAGUGUAAACCCCGUCAGUGUUGCAGCACAGCCUAUGCAAAACGCUGUCCUCCCCAGCUCGGGCUUGGCCACUGACAGACUCCCCCAAGCCCCAUUUCUGCAAAACUCUCAAAUUCUUGGGGAGCUAGGGUUCCAAAAUGGGCUGUGCUUCACCAUGUAGUGUCAGAAAGAUAGCAGCCUCGGGGGCUGAGUAGCUGAGCCAGGGCGGCCAGCUAAGGAACCCACGGGGCCCGCCCAAGAUGGGCAUGUAUGUGCCCCUAGGCUAGCACUUUCUCCGAUGCCUCUGAAUAUUCCCCCCGACUGGCUACCUUGACUAUAUCAACUGGAUGCAUCUGGCAAGGGCCCCACCCUCUCAAAAUGCAAAUAAUUGAUUUGGUUAUUAUCGAACACCCACUGGUUCCCCCAGAGUCCAUGUCUCUCUGACCUCCUUUAGCUCAUGCUGGCACUUGUUGCUCUGAAAUUCACCAGCCCGCCUUCUGUUCAUGGCACAAGCAAUGAUUGAUUUCGGCGAAGCCAUGAUGGCACUCUUGUUCCACUUUGUACAGAAGACAUUGAAACCCUGUGAUCACAACAGUGACGUUUCUUUAUUUACAAUACCCUGUACUGUCACUCAAGUACUGUACCUUUUUGAUUGCACAAACGCGUUACUAACGACAGAGUCUUACGACCUUAUGGUGCUACUUUUGUGGGUGCAAAUGAAGCCCUCUCACUUGACCAUGGCUUGACAUUAUCAGAACACAGGGAAAGAUCCUCAGCAGCAAUAAUCUCAUUGCUUUGUUCUCUUUUCUCCAUUUCAGAGUCAAAUGUAUAUAUUUUCCAUUAGUUAACUUACAUUACGUACUGUACCCAUGGUAUUUUUGUUUUACUUUUUGGUGCUGGUUUUGAAAGAAAAAAAAAGAACAGAAGACAAACAUUGGACACCACUGUAAAUGAAAAAUUAAUCAUUUCAUUGGAAGUGAGUUGAACAUGUUAAUAAAAUGUUUUUCCAUAACAAUUUUAA